CGGAACAGAACUACCCAUAUAGAGCAGAGGCUUCAGUCAUUUAACUGCCCUUCCUUCGUGAGUGCACAACAAAAAUCAGAGCUCGUUGUUUAAGUGUCUAAAUAUCGCAUUUUGAAGAUUUUUUGGGGAAGAAACAUUGUGAAUACAAUGACAAGCUUCAGGAAAACCGUUGCUGUAUUCAUUGGAUCCAGCCAAGUGGUGUAGCAUCUUUUUACAAGAAUGCAGCGCCAAAACCUGUCGCCAGUGUCUGAGAAAGAUCAGCUGGGUUUAAACCCUGUCAAGCUCCCACUAAAGAGAAAGCGAUUCCAGCAUGAUGCUGCACAAAAUUGCAGCAGAAGUGCUGACGGCUCCUCCCCAGCAAGGGGAAAACGCAGAAUCUGUGGAAAGAAAUUUGUACUGAAAAGAAAUUUCAGUCAGAUUUCAACCAACUGCAGAAGCAUCACUAAGGCCUGCAAUUCAGAAAGAAAAAGGAUGAAGAAAGACACAGACAAGAAUGAAUCAGCUGUGACACUACCAAACAUCCCAAAAAGCGCCUCUAUCACGAUGAUCCGACUCAAAGGCAAGAAAUUGAACGAUACAGCCUCGAGUUUCCAGAAUGAUGCCAGAUCCUCUGAAAGCAAAGUGAUGGAGAAAAAGAGGCCAGAAGACCAGAAAGUUAGAAACAUUUGGAUCAUUGGCUCAAGCUACGUCAAAAGAGGAGAGUUCAGAGCAAGACAGAAGUUUGGAGAGAAUUUGGGACUUAAUGCCAAAGUCCAAUGGUUUGGCAAAGGAGGGAUGGGCUGGAGUGGCGUCCUUCCACGUUUUUAUGAAGAGUUAUCUACACGGAGCCCGCCUGACAUAUUGAUUAUCCACGCUGGUGGAAACGAUUUAGGACUCAUGUCUGCCCAGCAACUUUCUGGUAUAAUGAAGAUGGAAUUGAUGCAACUGCACAAAGAGUUCCCCUCAAUGACAAUUGCUUAUUCCUGCAUCAAUCAGCGCCAAGUGUGGAGGUAUGGAAGUCCGUGGAAGAUCAAUAAGGACAGGGAGAUUGUCAACCAUACCAUGAGAAAGGCUGCCCACUGCUUUGGAGGGGUGAUUAUUGAACAUCCCUGUUUGAAAUUUUUCGACAACACAAUCUUUGUACCAGACGGAGUCCAUUUCACAAAGAAAGGAAAUGAACUGUUUGCGACCAGCAUCCGCUCCACCAUCAAGAACAUUCUGCAGUCAACGCAGAGAAAACAGAUUUGAGGCAUCAACCUCUAUAAUCUGACUACACAUAUGAACGAGAAUACUGAAUAAAUGCAGUCA